AUGACUAUGGGUGCUGUCAACGCUUUGGUCGACUUUUGCAAGUGGGCUACUGCCAAGCAGCCAGACGGCUCCAACCGUCAGUACAAUGCCACUGCUUCGACCCUGUUGAGGAGGCCCCGAAGGAUUAUCGCUGAGAAGGAUGCUGGUGAGGAUGCAGAGAAGUAG